AUGGGACUGCUGCAAUGGUGCGAGCUUCGUCCCGAGGGACCUUCAGGUGACAUCGCGGCAGUGCUCUUUCCACAGCCGGUGCGCGUCUCGUCGAUACGUAUCUUCCCAACAGGCGCCCAGCCGUUCAGCCAGUCGCCGACAACAGUCGCAGAGACAGAGCCUGAGGCAUUCUACCUCAACGUAUACUUCAACGCGCAAGCAGUUCCAACUCCUGCAGGGUGCCAGGAAACACAAAGCCAGGACAAACGCCAAACGAAGAACGCGUUGGUUCCAACUCGUAUCGCUUUUGCUGGAGGUCAAACCGAUUUCUCAGUCGACAUGGGCUCUGAGUAUGCAACACGGCUGGUCAUCUUUCAAGGUGACUUCCAGGUCAUUUCGAUGGCUAUAUACGGAGAACGCGUUACAGAAUAUGAGGAAGUUACUGAUUAUGAACCAAAGCCUCUUCCUACUCCUUCACACAUCUUAUUGCCCUCUGCACUUGAUGUCACCAACUCUGCGAAACCAGUUUCAUUGGUCCACCAAAUUUUGUCACUACUACCCUCACCGCCACCUCUCUCACUCAUCAUACGCUUAAUGUUUUGUUUGAAACCUGACUCUGAAGACUGGGACGAUCCCGAAUUUCCUUAUGUCUACUCAGAUCUAGACAAGAGGUUCAAUGAAGAUGACGUAGAAUCUGAAGUCUUCGAUCUUGAAUCCUUGGUCAAGACGGUUAGCAAACCUUUGAGAGAUGAUGUUUCUGUGGAAUCCCUGAACGAAUUCGCGGAAAGAAUGCAAGACUUUCUGAUAUCGAAUACUCCAGACGACGUAUAUUAUGUUGCGAAGCUCCUUACUAAAUCUGCCUGUCAGCAAACGAUAUUCUUGAGGACACUUCUGCAACACCUUAACUUGCCGGAAGUAUUUAACGAAGAUGUUCUGGACGAAGCAACUGUCCUAUGUUUGUUGGAAGCGUCUUCCAACAUAGAAAUUUCAAGAUACUUUCGAGACGAUGAACCCUUCCUCCUGUCUCUUGAGGCCAUUCAGUCGAGCCUGAAAGUGGAGAAACCCACCCAGAAGGCGUUGAAGAGACUUCUGGCCAGAAUACGUGGGUGGGAAACCUUCGAGGAUGCACUGACAAAUUCGAAUGGAGACUUCGUGGGCGCUGCCGCAUUCUUGAAAGAUAUCAGCAUGGAGGAGUAUGCUCUCGGGUGCUGGCUAGAAUGCAUGAUCAACCACGAAGGCCUCGUUAGCAAACUUGAGCAAACUUCCCCGGCUCCUGGUUCCCAACCUCCUUUGCUAUUUCAAGACCGACAGGCUGAGGUCACUCAUGAUGACUUCCUCGCCUUUGUUAGAGCCUUCCUUGGAAUCAUGCCUGUGCUUGCGGCACUGGCAUGGGCAGACAGCAUCGGUAACAAUAUGUGCACUGAGAGGGUUCUCGGCAUUUUGGUCAUUUGGCAAGGUGUUAAGGGUUAUAGAGAGAUCCUGAACCAUGGUCUACUCUUACGGCAAAUGACAAGACGACUGCAAUGGAUAAAGAACGACGCAGACAAUCAGCAGCCAAAGAAAUCUGGAAUCCUUGCUGAACGACUUGUCGUUGGACUGGCCAAGGAUCCAAUUGCAAUGCUACGCGACGACCUCAUCACUGCCGUCCUUUCCCUCAAACCACCGUUUUCAUUCAUCGAGGAAGACGAGAUCCUGGAGAUGGGCAAGCUGGCGAAAGUCGCUCGAGAUGGGUUGCUGUCUGCCAUCGACGAGCUGGCAUAUAAUAGUGUCCGCCCAUUCUCACUUCGGCGUCUCCGUGUUCUCCGUGUUUCUAUAGCCAUCAUCACAGAAGAGCUGAAUGACGACGACGGCCCAUGGCGCGUUCUGGAGAGCUUUUGGAAUGAACACGGUCAAGGGCUCAUUCCAAGGCUUGUUACCAUCCUUUCCGACCUCUCAGACGACCUGAACCAGCAUUUCACCCUUCACUCGAUCCCACGAAUGCAUCAAGCUCUCGCCGAGCUCCUCUUCCGAACAGCGGACGAUUUCAUGCACCUCAUCACACAUUUCGCCUCUCACUAUCCCCUCGUCGCCCGCGACUUGCAGAGGGUUGCAACCGCCGUUAGCGACUUGUACUCAUGCUCUGAUGCAACUACCGGGACAUUUUCCCGGGCAUCGCCAGCCUAUCUGGCGGCGCAGAGCGUCAGAGAGACAUGUCCAGGGUUUCUUUCCAGAUUGUCACAGCAAGAUGUUCCAUCCGAACCUGACGGCCUCGUAGCACAGGCCAUGCUCCGCACUCUCUUCGAUAAUGCCUCUCGGAGUGUUGGGCGAGACCCUGUCCAACAGGUGCUUCUAGUCUAUAAUCUAGUAGACAGCAUUUUCCCUCAAGAUGAAGACCCUGGUUCAUCAUCUUGGACUGCGUCGGUAUUCCCGACGAUCCUGUCUGAACUCAGGGAUUUCUGCAACCUUCUCGACCCCAAGACACAAGUUCGCUUCAUUGAGCGGCUCGUCAAGCUGGACAACGAAGAGACCGGCCUUGGAGCGUGGCUGCUCGCAGAAGAACUACAGCGCCUGUCUACAGUUUUUGAAGACCUUCCGCGCCAGCAGGACCCGAAUUACCAACUGUUGCUGCAGUAUCAACUCUCAGCUUCCUUCCGACUGCUCCAUCUCCUCAUGACGUCUCCAACUCUAUCCUCUUGGACGAUAUCAACGCUCUCCUCCAAUGCAGACCUAUCACAGCUAUUAGACAGCACGCUAUCCCAUAUCCUGGAGGUCAAUGUUUCGUCCUCCCCACUUGCAUAUCUCACCCGAGAGUUGGCGAAGCACUCAGCCGACUUCACUCCUGACACGCGGCAAAACAUCCUCCUCCUUCUCCUACGCAACGCACAGACGGAUCCAUCUGUUGCUGGCGCUCUCGACUUCGUGCCUGGAACUCUUCAGAGCGUCCCGUCAACGUCCAUCGCCCCUGUGCCCUUGCGCAACGAGCUUGGACGGACACUCUCCGCCUACUCCGACCACGCAUCCACCAUGAAGGCAGAUACCGCCGAGUUGGUGCUCCAAAUGCUGGAAUGGCUCUCCUCGCAGGAAGACGCCAAAUUGAAGACCCUCGUUGGUAUCGCGCCAGAAGGACUUGACUACCUCUGCACCACCCUCUCUGCAAUCUUACCCCCACCCCGUGCGGAAGUGGUAAGCAGUAUCCGAGCCAGGCUCAGCACAGACGAGGACGAGCUCCUCCUUCCCCCGACGAUAGAGCUCCCCGAUCCCAAUGCUUUUGCCCUGCCACUAUCGGCACUGGAAAAUCUCCUCGAGCGGAAGAAGCUGAAGGAGCCAUCGACGCCGACCAAAGGCACGAAGACGCCUGAUAUUUUGGGCGUGGUUAUCUCGCCGCCAACGGCGCUUCUACGGUCACCAGCUGCGACGGGGCUGACGAAGACGUAUGCAAACAACGACUUCAGGCAGCUGAGGCAGAUGCCUUCGACAAGGUUAAACACGAGCAGGCUACCGAGCACGCAUGUUGAUGAGUUUGGACAGCGGCCUACAGCAUCCCCGGAGAUGGGUAUGGGCCUCCUGCUUCCAGCCAUGCCGCUUGACCCGCUCGGUGGUGCGUAUCAAGGCAUAUCUGGAAUGUUGUGA